UUGCUCAUUCUAUUUACUUUUUCCCGUUUGCUUGCAAGCUCAGCUGAAUUCAUGACGAACACCUUAAAUGAACUUCGAAAAGAAAAUGACGACUCUUUUUUCAAUUAGCUACAGAGUAGGUACAUGAGACAAGUUCGUAAUUGACACGGAAUCAGUAUGCAGUCGGUGAUAAUGUUUUUAGCCUUUUUCUGCUUCUGUUUGGAAGUACACCAUGUCUGUUGUAUAAUCUGUCUAGAUGAACAGUACACUAUUGUCAGCUCAAAUGGGAGUGCUGUGUAUUGUUUUAACUGUGCCAGGUGUCACCCUGGACAAGGAUUGAGUCCUCCAUGUGGUUCGCAUGUUAAAAAGGAAGAAAUGUCUCAAAUACGUUGCAAAGAUUGCCCUUCAGGCAUGUUUUCUGAUGAGUAUGACCCAUCCCCUUGUAAAACCUGUCAACAGUGCGCUCUUCACGAGAUAGCAUCUGCCAAUUGCACCAAGGUAUCUGAUGCAAGUUGCAACAGAACGUGUGCUAAAGGAUACUUCUUUGUUGACGUCUCUCACAGCUGUCAACAAUGUUCAUUUUGUUGUUUUGACAAAAAUGACGAACCACAGCCAGAAUGUAUCAAACAAGGGUUCAAUGCUACUGGUCAAUACUGCAGUAUUCGAUCAGAUAAGAAUUGCGCUCCAGUACAUCCAACUGCAGGAACAACCUUGCGAACAAUUGUGACUAGUAUGAUGCAUUACCAAAACAGAUCAGCCCCUUCUGCUACUAGUGCAGUAGUGCCUGGUGAUAAUACUAAGGGCAGCAUUAUAGUACUUAGUGUGGUGGCUUUUAUGUUUGCCUCUGCCACACUUAUUGGUGGAUUCUUGUGCUGGAGAAAAAGGAAGAAGGAGCAAGGGAGAGAGGCAUGGAUCAAAGAUAGAAAUCCUAGUGCAACACUUCAAGAUGGCACCAGCUGUGCCAAAAAAAGACCUGCAGUGUCAGAUUCCAGUGCUGUGGUGCCAUUGGCACCCCCCAAAGUUAAAUCAUUACAGAUCAAUGUAGCUUAUACUCCAUCCUCUCCAGAAGAGUCUCCCUGUCCAACUGAUGAUGAACUAGGUGAACUGCGUAACCCAAAGGAUGAAUUACGAAAGAAGCGAAUUUUGAAACGACAAAGCAGUAAGGAAGCACAAGCAUCAAAGGACAGUGCAAGCAAGAGCUUGUUAGGAUCUGGAGAGGAAGGCAGUGAUAAAAGUAAAGUGCAAGAUGAAAACGGUGUUAGUCCAGCAAUGGAUAGGAGACCAAGUGUUGUAGAGACUGCCAUAAGGAAACUGUCUAGAGAGAUCAGCUAUCAGCCUCUACCAGGAGAAGAUCCAGAUGAGCCAUACGGUAAUGGGCAAAAGGGGGCAGGAAGGUCCAGCGAGCCAAUUGUGAGUUUCAUAAAGAGGAAAUUUUCAGGCGCUAGCACCCCUAAAAAGGAAAUCAUCCAGGCUGUGGUGCUACCCAGACAUCAAGAACAGAAAGAAGGAUCACGAGUGGAAUUUAAAUGCAACAUCUCUGGGGAGUUAGUAGGACGUUAUCAGUGGUUUAAAGAAGACUCCAUGAUGGAUGGUCAAAGAAACUCUUCCCUUGUUCUGGAUCCAGUUAAGAUGGAGGACUUUGGCAAUUACAAGUGUGAAGUGAAGUAUGACGAUGCUGACAGUGUGAAGUGUGUGACAUCUCUCCCUGCAGAAUUAGACAUUGUCCCGCGUGAAGGAAUGGAGCGCAAAUGUCUCACAGAUGUUGAUCUCAAUAUUCAAGAGAUGGUUGGAAACCUUCUGAUCCAGAAAAAACCCGGAAUUCGGACCUGGAAACAGCUCGCUACCAGGUAUACCAUGCAGAAAGAUCUUAUAGUUUCUCUCGAAAUCAGCCAAGAGACGGCCGGAAAAGAAGUAAUUGAGUUCCUAGCAAGGACAAACCCGAAACUUACAGUGUAUGAGAUUUGCAAGGAACUUAAAGAUAAAGACAUACGGCGUUUUGACAUUGUUGAAGUAUUGUUACCUCAUCUUUCGACUCCAAUUUCAGGCAGGGACGUUCGUGUAUAAAUUUUUUAUCACGUGACGCCAAUCAAGCCAUUUGCUCAUUGAGUUGCUGCGGCAACUCAAUGAGCAAAUCAUGAACAAUUAGAUUACUUUUUAGUUGAGUAUCUAAAGUGAUCCAAUACAUUUAGGUUUGCUUUACCUCACCCGGGUAAAAUCGUUGUGUAAUCUUCGGUUGUGAAUUGUGAAAUCUUUUAGUGAAUUGCACUUCAUUAUCCACAAGCAAAAAUUCAGUAUCAAGGGAGGAAGUAUAAGUUGAAACGUUCCUUUGAGUAUUUUUUUUUUAUACAAGACGUAGUCAAGUGGAAAAGAUAAUGACAAAAACUCACAUACUCCUUUACAGACAAGUAAAUAGGUAGAAAAUGGUUUGAGAACAAGUGUAACAGUGUCAAUGGACUACAUUAAUGGCAAAUAUAGAUUACUCAAUUAUUUUUUAAACAUUUUUUGUACUUUAAUGAGUUUUUAAUUAAUUUUUUAGCUAAUUGAUUACCAUCUGAUCAAUCGCCCAAAUUCGGGAAAUCUUUCUUCUAGGUAAUUUUCCAUCCAUACUCGGUACCUUGGUUGUAAGAUUUCAGAAUUUUUAGUUGAAAGUAUUAUACAUUCACAAUAACAUCAUUUAGCAAAGCCUACUAUGUAAGCAAGUGUAAAUUCUGUUUCCAGCUACCAUACAAAUGUUUCUGAAUUUUGAUCUAGGGUGUAUUUUGCAUAGGCUGGUAACAUUAUCGCAGGCGAUUGUUAGGGUCCGACUGUGGGAUUCCUGUCGAUUACCCUUGUAAUUGAGUGCAGGCUGAUGGUUGUCAGUUGUUGUAGGAAUCUCAGCCAUGAGAUGACAAAAUGUUAACCGAAUUUAUUCAAUGUAUUAAAAAAUCUUAUCUUAAAUUUACGCUCAAAUAGGCACUCACGGUCUUGUUUAGGAAAAACCAAUUAUUUGAAUAGUGAAAGGACAGAAAUAUUAUCGGUAGCUUUUGAAGCUGAUCUUUUUUUAUAUUACUAGUAUUCUUCGAGUAUUGACCACAAUAUUCGUGCACACAAAAAUUCACUUUCAAGACCAUCAGCUCCCUUGACAGCAACUUGAAGGAGCUAGGGACAGAAGCUGUUCAAAGGUCAAUCUCUUAUUCAAUGCCUUCAUGUUUGAACUUUCUUUUGGUAUCAACCCAUGUACUGAUAUUAAUUGCACAAUUUUUUAUUCGUUUGGGAUGAGUCAUUGCCGCUAGCAUUGCGCAUAGCUCACUAGGCUUUUCUAGUUUGAGCACUCUGGCAUGGCUUAGACGAUACCACAAAUGUGGGAUCGUUUGGGGUGACCAUAGAUAGUUAGAUACUUUACUUUAUUGGUGAAUACUUCGCAGCAUGAACUGAAUUGCGCAUUCACAGAUAUAAAAUAAAAAUUACUAUUUACAUGUAUACAUCUUAUUAUUAAAAAAAUACGUAGUUCGUCGUAAGGGGGAACUUCUACAUUAUUUGUGGCUGUUGACUAUUCUGGCCGAAGCAAUAAAAAAACUGUUUUUAAGUCUA